AUCAACUUAAGUUACCUAGACACGGAGAACCAUGUUGGAUAAACAGUUGACUUUGGUUGUACUUCUCAUGCUGUUUGGAUGCAUCACUGCCGCACAUGCUAACUAUCGCCGACCUACUAAAGUUGGUGUUUUGUGCUGUGAAGCAGUUUCCAAAGCCAUGAUACCACAUGACAUAAAGCUCACCGGCUACAAGCACCAGAAUGAUCUGUCACCUUGUGUGGAAGCGAUUGUAUUUUACUCUAAGGAUGAAAGAUUCUGCUCAGACCCUUCUGCACGCUGGAUCAAAAGGAAACAAAAAGGUCUGCGAGAGAUCAAGGACUAAAAUGCCAAGCACCAAAGGAUUGUUCUGUUGCAUUUGCUGUGUUUGUUUAAUGUUGUGAUAUUAGCCUGGUAAUUUAAAGUAAUGCUUUUUCAAGAAUUAAAGAAAAUUAGCCAAAUCAUUAUUUUUAUUAC